AGCCCAGGGCCGCAGCCCCGCUGGGCUCAGGCAGGGCGGGCCUGAGGAGGGCAGCUGGGCUCUGCCAGGAGCCCAGAUUCUCAGGCAGGUCUGGAGGAAGGGGCAGGUCCAUGGUCACACCAGGAAGUCACCCCAUGGUUGUCAGAAUCAGGCCGGGCAAGGGUGAGACAGCCCCAUGAUCAGCAGGCAGGGCCGUGGUCCUUGCAGCUGCAACUUUGCCACUGGAGACCAGCACUGCUGGGGCUGCUCCUGGGCUGAGCUCAUGGGCAGGAGGGAAGGAUGUAGGGGAGUCCCCACGUAAAGCUGAGGGGGACCAUUAGGGCUUGUAAGUGAUCUCAGGGCCUUGACAGCAGCUUCCUCUCUCAGCCCAUCCCUUCUGUCUUCACACCAUACAGAGGUAUGGGCUCAGGAGGGGCUUGCUAUAAAGUGAUUUAAUUGUUGUCUGGUCUCAGAGGUUAUUUAGGAGCAGAGGCUCAAGACAAGUUACUGGGAAGGCAACUGUGCAUGAGAAACCUGGAGAUAGGAUAGUCAGGUUGCCCAUGAGGUCAGGGCAGGGCCCCAGAGGUCACAUGGGCUUGGAGGUGAAGGGGAGAUACUCAGACAACCCCUGGAAGAUCCCAGAGGCUCGGGUAGUUCUGAGGGGUUCACUUAGAGUCUGGGGUUGAGUAAGGGUCAGAUGUAGCUCCAGCCAGGCAGAAUCGGGAGUGAUGAGACAGGUUUGAGGUCGAGCAGGUGUCUAGCCAGUUGUGGACUUGUAUCCCAUGCUGGGGUGCAGGAGGGUGGCAGCAGUGACCACGGCAGUGCUCUCUCGAAGGUGGCGACUGGUGGUGUGAAAGAGAAGCACGAGGUGAAAGAGGAGUCUUGUACUGGAGGCAGCAUCCUUAUUCUUGAAAUUGUCUUUUUAGUCCAGGACAGGUGCCUGGCUGACUGCAGCUAGCUGGGGGAAUUCUGCAUGGUUCCCUCUUGCCAGAUCUCCUGUGUCUUCUGUUUGGCUUGCAGCUUGCUGCAGAGGACAGAGAGGAGGCUUUUUUUCUCCUGUGUAGGGAAAGCUUGUUUCUCCUAGGAGCAUCGCUACUACGUGCUGGGAGGAGGAUUCCCCAAACAGGCAGGCAGGGAUGGCAUUCUGGGAUGUUGAAUGGAGAGCUAUAAAUCAGCAAGCUGCCUAAUUAAGACCACAGGAGGCUGGUGAGUUACUAAAGACCUGUAUUACUCUUUUCAGAGCUCUGGGCCAUUAACAAGAUCCCUGGGACCUGCUCAGAGCACGUGGCUCUCUCCAGGGACAUACCUUGUGAGCACUCUAUUUUGGGCAUGUUCUCAGAGGUGAAAGUUCCCUGUGCCUGGGGCCAUGUGGCAGCCAAGGCCUGGGGAUCCUCAGAGGGACACCCUGUGCUGUGCUUGCAUGGCUGGCUGGACAGCAACACCUUUGACAGGCUCAUUCCACUGCUCCCCAGAGGUUGCUAUUAUGUGGCAAUGGAUUUUUCUGGCCAUGGCUUGUCAUCCCACCGACCUGCAGGCUGCCCCUACCAUUUUCUGGAUUAUGUGAGCGAUGUGCGCCGACUGGCUUUUUCCUUGCAGUGGAGACGGUUCACCCUGAUGGGUCACAGUAUGGGUGGAGCUGUGGCAGGAAUGUUCUGUUUCCUUUAUCCUGAGAUGGUGGACAAGCUGAUCCUGCUGGAAAACCUUGGCUUUCUGCUAGCACCAGAGGACACUGAGGCGUGGCUGGAAUCAAAGCGGUUGGCGAUUGACAGAUUACUGAGUCUGAGGCAAAGCAGCCAAACUCCCAAAGUGGAGCCCGAAGCAGCAUUGCAGAGGCUCUUAGAAGCAAACAGACAUCUGACAGCAGAGGGUGGGGCAAUCCUACUGCAGCGAGGAGCAACUGAGACACCCGCUGGGCUGGUAUAUAACAGAGACAUGAGAGUCCGUAUGCAGAGUCGAGAGUCCCUCACAGUGGAGCAGUGUGUGAAGCUCCUGCAGAAGAUCCAGGACCGUGUGCUCAUUCAUUGUGUGACACAAGAUGGACUCUUGGUACCGUACAAGCUGGACAGCAGAAAUCACUUUGUGAAAGACCUGCAGGAGGCAUUUGAGUCUACCCUCAAAGAGCACAUCCAGCUAGUAGAGGUGCCUGGGAGUCAUUUUGUGCACCUGAACACGCCUGAGGUGGUCUCUGGGAUCAUCAGCAACUUCCUGAUAGCACAGAACACCAGAGCCAGGCUCUAGGAAGCCCUCACUGCUGCAGCAGGCCAGGAGAACAGGGAGCUAAAAAGCAGGCUCUGGAGGAAUUGUCACCAUUCUUACCUCACAUCCAACAUCAGUUUCAUGACACUUUUUCCUAAACUUGGCUCACUGCAGGGUGGAAGCAGGUCUGCCAGGGGCUCCCUGAAGGGGAGCUGAGCAAAGUACCUCAGUUGUCAAAGGCAAAAUGAAUCCUUCACUUACAGCUCUGAAAGUACAGGAAUAGAGGCCCAGAGUGGGCCUUCCCCUUGCUUGCUCCCAGCUUGCAGCCCGAAAUGAAGCAGGAAUACAGGCAGAGGCAUCCUCAGUGGGAGCAGCAGCACCAGCUGUAGCUCAGCAAGAGAUGGGUGGCUCAUCUCACCCCCUCCCUUAGGAUGGUGUGACCAGUCUUCUCCCAGAAUUAGAGCUACUGGAAAAACAGGGAAGUAUUCUGCUUCUCUGCUUACUUCCAUGUAUGCCUGAGCUCAAAGGGCCUCAGUGUCUCCCUUCUGCUGUGAGACCUGUAGAAAAAAAUCAGCUUUUUUAAAAAACAGCUUAAAUAAGAGCUCACCUGAGCACAGAAGGCCAUUUUAAUGAACUCCUAGGGAAUGAGUCACUAAUCCUCUAUCUGAAGCAGCUGGGAGAAUUACUAAUAAUGGAAAAGUUGGCAGAGAUUAUUUUUGUCCUUCUAAAUAAAGAUUAAUUUCCUAAUGUUAA